GCUCCCUCCGGGCGGAACUGUGGUGACCGGGGCUUCGGCAACUUAAACACUGGGUGCGAAAAAGAAGGUGGCAGGGGCGGAGCGGAGCGCAUGCGCGGACAGCUCUCGUCAGUGAAGGAUUGAGAGGCGGAGCGGGGCGGCCAGCUGGGCUCGGAGCGGAGCAGGGUCAGGAUGGACGAGGACGUGCUGACCACCUUGAAAAUCCUCAUCAUCGGCGAGAGUGGAGUGGGCAAGUCCAGCCUGCUUUUGAGGUUCACGGAUGAUACUUUUGAUCCUGAACUUGCAGCAACAAUAGGUAAGCAACUUGCAGCAACAAUAGGUGUUGACUUUAAGGUGAAAACAAUUUCAGUGGAUGGAAAUAAGGCUAAACUUGCAAUAUGGGAUACUGCUGGUCAAGAGAGGUUUAGAACCUUAACUCCCAGCUAUUACAGAGGUGCACAGGGUGUUAUAUUAGUUUAUGAUGUCACAAGAAGAGACACCUUUGUUAAACUGGAUAAUUGGCUAACUGAAUUGGAAACAUACUGUACGAGAAAUGACAUAGUAAACAUGUUAGUUGGAAAUAAAAUUGAUAAGGAAAAUCGUGAGGUUGAUAGAAAUGAAGGCCUGAAAUUUGCACGAAAGCAUUCCAUGUUAUUCAUAGAGGCAAGUGCAAAAACCUGUGACGGUGUACAGUGUGCCUUUGAGGAACUCGUUGAAAAGAUCAUUCAGACACCUGGACUGUGGGAAAGUGAAAACCAGAAUAAAGGAGUCAAACUGUCACAUAGGGAAGAAGGCCAUGGAGGAGGAGCCUGUGGGGGUUACUGUUCUGUGUUAUAGACUCUCGGAUAUCCCAUCUCUUUCAGACUUGAUCAGAUAGUGACAUCUUUCUGUAUAUAAACUCUCUAACUGCUAUUUUAGGGACCUCGCAGUUUGCACACAAUUGUUUUGUAUCAUGGCAGUAAAUAUUUGCAAGAAAUCCCACUCAUCGGCUUUCCCAGGUAAAAUGUUAUGGUAAGCAUGCAGUCUGCAGGUUUUUAUGUAACAUAAAAUAGGUGUACCUGUAUAAGUACAUUUGAUUUUAUGAUUUACAUUUAUCAUGUAAUUUUUAAAAAUCCAUCUAUCUAGUAUAUGUUGAUACAAGAUCUGCUUUCAGUCUCCUUUUUGCAUAAAUGCUUCUAUCAAUUACUAAAUUACUUAAUAUGUAAAACUCCUAGGACCAUGAGGAGGAAAACUGAUAUCAAACCUGGCAAAUUUCUUUUUAGAAAUAACAAGGAGCAUGAUUCCACAGCUUUUCUAGGAUUUUAAGAUUCUUUUUUAGUACUAAGCAAAAUUCUCAUUACAGAACAUAGCCCAGGCCAAUUUAUAAUUAAAUCUCUUUGUUCUCGUGAUGCUUCUAAAAUAGCAUUGAUACAUUAAAGAAGUUUGGUAUUUUUAAUUUACCACCACAAUUAGUUCAGUUGUUUAACUGGGAGUUCUAAUCCUGUGAUAUGUACAUUGGAUUCAUAAGCUUUUGUGUAGCCUGUUUCGUUAUGUGAUGCUUGGUAGAAUGCUAGUAGGGUUUUCCCAUUUUGGUUUCAGAAGGACUUGAGUAGUGUGUUUAUUGUAACUCUUCUAGUACUCACCACUUUGAAAAACAACCUCUCUUUUCAUAAAUACUGGUAGUGUUUAUUCAGGUAUGUCCAUUGUAGCUUGUAUAAUGUUUAUGAAUAUCUGUAUCUUAUGGCUUCCAGAAAUGGCUAGUUGAUAUUCAGAAACCUUUUUCUGUGUUUUAAGGGGCGGGGAAAAACACUAAAUGACAAUUUGGGAAAGGCAUAUUGCUUUCAGAUUCUGAUAUGUGUGGUAAAAUACUGUUGCAAUGAAAAUCUUGAUACUUCACUGAAACAAGUAAUUAAAAGUUUAUCAGAACCAGUGUACAGACUAAUAAAUCUUUUCCACAGUAUUCAGUUUUCUAACCUCUAUUGUAUGUUGAAUAUUUUUUCACUUGUAUAUUAUUUCAUUUACAUUGAUCUCUGUUAUUUCAGGCUCCCAAAUAAGUAAUUGGUCCUGAUGGGCCACUGUAAUACACUCAGUAAAAUUCUGAUCUUAAUCUCUGGGCAGUUCUCAUAUACAAUUAUAAAUGUGUAUAGAGUGACCUUCGCAAUAUAUGUAUGAAUGAUUUACUUCAAGUUAGGUUUUUUCUGAAAUGUGUAUCUUCACAUUUGAAAACCUCAUAUCUACUUGAUUUACACUUGUUAAUCCUCAUUACAUGUGAUUAAAGGUUUUAUACAUUCUGUAUGUUUUUACUAAAUAUGAACCAUUUCCUACUUAAUGUUGAGAAAGGUAGCUAACACGUGUACUUAUGAUUUGUUCAUGUUACAUUAAACUUCAGAUAUGUGUAUUUAUGUAGAGUGUAUUGACAAGACUGUUUAUUGCUUUUUGGUCAUCGAGCUACAUAGUAACCAUUCUGUGCAUUGGAUUGUCCUGAUGUGGUCACUUGAAUUUGGUCACUUUGAACUCGAAUCCACAAGGGUCACUUGAAUAUAACUUUUAAAAGUUGAUUUUGUUUGAUAGAUUUAUAUUGUAACCUUUUAUAGUUUUUGAAUAAAUGUAGCCUGCUUUCCCUAGA